UCGUUUCCUGCGCGUGAACGACCUCACGUCCUCGAAAAGCAGUGCAGCAAAGGAGCUUGGACUUCUGUCCUCUGUCCAAUUAUUAGGGCAAUUUCACAGCCGUAAUCAUGGUUUUCGAGAGGAAGAUGAUCACGUACGACGACCCCGAAGAGGAGGAAGAAAAUGCUGAGGAGGAAGAGGAGGAGGAAGAAGAGCAAGAAAUGGUGGACCCUCUAGAAGUAAUACGAGCCAAGUGUGAGCAGACUGAACACUGUGUGCACACCAAGGAGCUUCUGGAGAAAUGUGAAGCCAGAGUCGGCUCCCGGUCCAGCACCACUGAAGAAUGCACAGAAGAACUGUUUGACUUCCUGCAUGCACGAGACCAUUGUGUGGCGCACAAGCUGUUCCACCAAGUGAAAUAACCGGCCUGCUCAGCUCCCUCCACUUGCAGCUGUAGACCAUUUACUGCUAAAGUUGUAAAAUCAGGACUAUGUUCUUCUGUGUAUUAAUGUAAAUUAACUGUAUUGGGUUCUUUGAGUAAAUACAUGCCACUUUUCCUGUA